UACAAAAAGAUAACCAGAGUCAUACAGUGACGGGCAACGUUUUGGCGAAAACGGACACAAAGACAAAAGAAGUGUAAAUAUAAAUUACUAUUGUGGUGAAUACUGAGUGCAAGUGACAAUGGUGUCGGUGCAAACUAUCGCGACGAUUGUCGUGAAGACAUUCAAAAUUGUAUUGAACAUAGUAAUUCUGGUUCUUUACCGAACUGGUUACAAUGGAGAGUUCCUGGGAGUGGGAGGUACGUGGAACCUCAAUGAAGAGAAGAACCCGGACGCUGAGAUCGUUGCCUCUGGAGUCAUCGUGGGCUACCUCAUCUACACACUCGUGCAAAUGAUCACAUUCCUCUUUGGUACCACUGAGCAUAAGAGGGCCAUGUCAGAGAUAGUGAUGAACUUCGUGGGUGUGUUCAUGUGGAUCGCCGUGGGUGCCGUGGCGCUGCACUACUGGGGCGGUUACCAGGGAGAGCACCAAUACCAGUUCGUCUUUGCUGAGAAACAGGUGGGUAUUGCUGUCGGUGCCCUCUGCGUGAUCAACGGCGCAGUGUACCUCCUAGACACGGCACUCUCCGUCAUACAUUUCACUAAGGAGAUGUUAAAAGUGGAUCAUCUGUACGAGAAUUGGGUAACCAUAGCGCCGGAUUCGAGAGAAUUUUUGUGCGAAGUCGACGUGGAAACCGCCAAAAUUGCGCCCUUAACGGAUUCCGUCUCUGAGUACGGAGGUGGCGCUCGAGUAGUGUGGGCGAUGUCGGCGGGAGACCGAGAGGCUGAGGCGCAAGCCAAGAAGGGAGAUGAGGCUGCGUCCAACGACCGGGACAGCAGGGCCGCGGCCGCGCUGAAGCAGUACUGGUGCGUGGGGCUGCGGGCCUUGGAACUGAUCAUCGCAGUGAUUGCUAUCGGUCUCAUUGUCGGGGCUCUGUACUCCCCACAAGUUGUGCAGUCCGACCAUAGGCACAUUGCCGUCAUCUAUUCUGCCUACUCAAGCUACAUCAUCAUCACGGGUGUGCUGAUCAUCGCGAGGCUGUUCGGAGAGUCGCCCGGCUGGAGGACGUCCAUCGGCUUCUCAGUCCUGGGAGUCAUCAUGUUCACUGCGGCUGCUGCCGUUAUAUUCUAUGACUGGCACAGAUCAUACUACGCAAACCUCCGUCCGAACAAGCAAGCAUACGACCUCCUGAUAUCUUCGGGAGUGUUCGCAGUAAUCAACGUGGUCGUAUUCCUCGUCCACGCCUUCAUCACCUUCAGAGAGGAAGCCGACUACUAAACAAUGGAAUCUCUAAAUUAAUUUCUAAAUUCGGCUGUUCUUCAUUCCUUUUAUUAUUCGGUCAUUCAUUUUUGCUAUCAAAACCAAAGCGUUAUUGUUAAGUCACUUUCAUUUUACUUAGUUUUUUGAUUUUCACUACAUUCUUUUUAAUGACAGUUUUUUUUUAAUGGCUCUCUCUUCCAAGCCCGUUGCAAAGCCUACGUAAUCAAAGAUCUUUUAUUUUUAGGUUUAACCUUUAAGAGUAUUAUUUUAACAUAAUCGUAGUUAAGUGUUUGUAUCCAUUUAUUUUUAAGUGUACCUAUAUAAGUUUAUCGAUAUGUUGCCUCAUUGUGUAGCUAAUGCUUUUUAUCUUUAAUACAAUAUCCCAAUGUUGCCCUCUGCAGUAGCUACUUUAAAUUUUGAUAAUUAUUUUAUAUUCAAGCUAAUAUUCUAUGUAAGUAUUUUACGAGCAGCUAUUUACUUAUUUUUAUUUAGAGUUUAUGUAUCUAAGUAUCUAUUCUAUUGACAGCUAUUUUCUUUUUUAUACAUGGCAGCAUUUCUUAAUUUUUUAAUUUGGCAAGGCCUCUAUUUAGAUAUUUGUGGGAAGUGGGCAACUAUUUUAUUUAUUCUUGUAAAUCUAAAAGGCAGCACUAAAAAGGCAACUUUAUAAAAAUCUGUGAAAAUCGGGCAACUAAUCAUUGUAUUUUAAUUUUAUAGUCGCAGUCUAUUUAAUUUAGUUUUAUUAAUAUAAAUUAAUGGCAGCUAAACACUGGCAACUAAUUAGCAAUUUAUAAUAUUUAGGCAACUUUAAAAAAGACAUGGCAGCAUAAAACAGGCAGUUUAUUUUUAGGUAAUGCAAUAUUUUUUAAUAAUAAUGGCAGGAUAAUAUUAAGUUAUUUUAAGCAGCUAUAACUUUCUUGAAAUAAAUAACAUUAGACACGCAAAGCACACCAAAUUGCAGACCAAAGUUGCUCUUCAUUGUAGCUUUUUUAAAUAUUUUUUUUUUACAUUGUGUUAAGGCAGCUUUAUUAUUCAAGAUUUUUUAUUGUGCAGCCAAUCUUCCAGCAGCUAAUUUAGCUAUUAUGAUUACAAUCACAAUUAUCAGCUUUAAUUUAUUCACGGCAGUUAAUUAUUUCACAGCUAACAAUUAAUGCAGCUAUUAACCAUACAACAAACACUGCUAUGAACAGGCAGCUUUAUGGUUUAAUAGGUAAAUAAUUAUAAGAAUUAAGCGAUAACUAUCAGGCAGCUAUUUACCUAUAUUGUAUUAUUUACCUACAAUCAGUAUUUAAGUGUAGUUUCACGCAAAUCAGCUAUUUAGAUUGCAGCUUUUUUUCGCAAUGGCAACUUAUUUAGCUAUAUUUUUAAUUGGCAGCAGUAGCUUGUUAUUCAGCCUAUUACAAUGCAAAAUAUUUCGGCCGAAAGUGCAAGUAUAGGAUUAUGAUUUAGUUUUUUUUAUUUAAUUAGGACUGUGAGACAGGUGUAGAUCGCAGAGACUAGGGAUCGAGUAGAAUGCUAGGGAGUAGAGUGUAAACAAUAAGAUUUUUUGUUAAUUUGCUUUUUUGACGAAAAUAUUCUAAAUUAUUGCGUUUUUAGUUUAAUUGACGUUAGAUUAAGAUGUUUAUCCGGUUAUUACUGUAACAUUCCGCUAAAUUCUAAUUUAAUUAGAUUUAUUUUUAAGCUUUUGUGGCUCUUACCAUUUUUAAAAAGAUUCGUGUCAAUAUUUCGUUAAAAGAAAAAUUUUGAUGUCUUUAAUUUCAUACACUUUCACUAAUAUCAAUAAAAUCUAAAGAUAUAAUUAAUUUAUAAUGGUAAGGGCCGCAAUUAUUCCAUAUUAUUACUUAAUGAAGCAAACCACCGUGAGUUGUUUUUAAUAUCUAAAAUUGUAUUCUUCAAAAAAUUAUUUAUCCUGGCAACCAUUCAAAAAGAUACGUUUUAUUUGAAUUUGAAAUUAUUGUUACGUUAAUUAAGUUGUUUAUUUAGUUAAUUGUAAGUUAUGUUUAGUUAUAUUUAGAGGAUAAACCAAAGCAGUAAUCAGUAUCCGUCCAGUGGUAGUUAAGUUUUCUCUGACAAAUUCAGAAAUAUCCUUUCGCCUUCAAAAAUAGUAAUACCUCUUAUAACUUCACUGUAGUGAUCUGAUUAAACUCAUGUCUUCUUAUUAAUAUUUUCUUGUUCACAUUAGUUUAUCUUUAGGAACUUUAGUUAGCUUUUUCUAUUUUAUUUCUUCGAAAAGUAUUUAAUAGGUCUUCUUCAACUAUAGUCGUAGAUUCGAUUGGUAUAGAAUGUAGCAUAAAAUAAUUUUCAUCAUCAUAAGAUUAGUUAAUAUUAGUUUUAGUGAAAUAAUUAUUAAUUUACGUGUGUAUAUCACAUGAGUUGUGAAAGUUUAUUAUAAGGCAAAUAAGAUUUAUACGACAUUAUGUAAAUAAAAAUAUAUAACUUAUGUAACCGGCGCUAAUGUUACCUUAUUUAUUCCCCAUUUUAAUAACAAAAGGUACCCGCGUCACUCACAAACUAAACUCUUUCGGUAAGAAUAUAAAUAAUUGUAAAACCCAAUGUAUCUUGUAUGUAACAAUUUAAUAAAUAAAAGCAUUAAA